ACCCCCCGGAAACAGUGCAGUGCCAGCAGAAAAUGAAUCGGAAGUAUUACUUUUCUUUUUUCGUGAGUUUAUUUUUCAAAUCAUUCUGCACUUAGUAGUGUUGAAUGCCCCAGCCGUGCGAGAUCACAGUGUCGACAGUUUGUGGAAUGGAUAGGCUUAUCAGCUUGAUUUGAUGAAACAGGGUGCCGACUGUGUGGAAAACGUUGCACCGGCUGAGAGCAGACUGAUGGAGAAGGCAGAGCGGUCCUGCCCCCCUCAAUGACCAUCUUCAUCUGCUAGCGAUAAAAGUUCUCGCUGGCGACACUCUAACUAUGGGCCAGUACCAUGAAAUCCCUUAACUACUGCUGCCACUAAGUCGGUCGUGGAACUCUUUCACAAUGCCCGGCUGCUGGUACAGCUGGAAGCUCACAGUAGCCUGAUAGUAACGUUACAGGCCUGCUUUUACCAUCUCGAAAUUUCUUGGCAGGUGAGAGCAGGCCAGCUAGCACUGCUAGCGUUAGCCUUUUCCGCACUGCACCUGUAGUUUUUGAUAGUGCAGUUUUUUCCUCUGGCCACACCUGUGCUUUGACAUCUACCAACUGGAGGAACAUUUAACUUCAAAAAGUAUUUUUAUGGGAUUCUUAUCGGCGAAGAGAGAAGCGGGCAUAAGCUAAAAUGGUGAACUGGAGGCGGCUGCUGCGAAUGUCCAACCGAUCAUUUUUGGCCUUCAUAUUCAUCUUCUCCAUGUCCACCACUUGUCUCUACUUCAUUUACGUGGCUCCCGGAAUAGCCAACACAUACUUCUUCAUGGUGCAGGCUCAAGGCAUCAUGUUGAGGGACAAUGUGAGGACCAUCGGCCAGAUGAUCAGAUUGUAUACAAACAAGAACAGUACUCUUAAUGGGACAGAUUAUCCUGAUGGCACUAACUCCAGUGAAUACCUGGCCCAACCAACUACUUACCUCCCUGAGAACUUUACCUACGCUCAGAACCUCCCUUGCCCAGAACGAUUACCUUCUAUGAUUUUUCAUUCCAAGUAUAUUUGUGGAAUAACCUCCCGCUUAAAAAUAAUCUCCUCAGAGGGCCUUAUGGAAGUAAAUAUGACAGAGGUCCCUAUGGAGGUGAUAGAAAUGAAGUUCUCCAAGUUUUUUGGCGUCGAGUUUGGAGGCCAGUGGAAACCAAAGGACUGUAGACCUCGCUGGAAGGUGGCCAUCCUUAUUCCAUUUAGAAAUCGCCAUGAACAUCUUCCCAUCCUUUUCCAACACCUUAUCCCCAUGCUUCAGAGACAGCGACUGCAUUUUGGCUUCUACGUCAUUGAGCAGAGUGGAAGCCAGCCAUUCAACAGAGCCAUGUUAUUUAAUGUGGGAUUCAUGGAAGCUAUGAAGGACUUGGACUGGGACUGCUUGAUUUUCCAUGAUGUUGACCAUAUCCCUGAAAAUGACAGAAACUACUAUGGUUGUGGUCAGAUGCCACGCCACUUUGCUGCCAAGCUGGACAAAUACAUGUACAUUCUUCCAUAUAGUGAGUUCUUUGGUGGUGUGAGUGGGCUCACUGUGGAUCAGUUCUGGAAGAUUAAUGGUUUUCCCAAUGCAUUUUGGGGUUGGGGUGGAGAGGAUGAUGACUUAUGGAACAGGGUUCAGUAUGCCGAUCUGAAUGUGACACGACCAGAGGGGGAGAUUGGCAAGUAUAAAUCAAUUCCUCACCAUCACAGAGGAGAGGUGCAGUUUCUUGGGAGGUAUAAACUCCUAAGAUAUUCCAAAGAGCGGCAACACUUGGAUGGUCUCAACAACUUGCGUUACAGUCCACACAUCUCGCUUAGUAGUCUCUACAAGAACAUCUCUGUGGACCUUUAUCCUGAGCUUGCCCCUAUCACAGAGUACUGAACUGACCCAGCCACAUCUUCCUGCACUCCCUGAGCUCACCCUGUUCUCUUCCAGUCUGACCUCCUGGUGUUAUCUUCAGCAGUUCAGAGGUAAAGCUGUGGAGAAGAGGUGGCACAGGCUCUGAGGGAUAAAGAGAAGCGCCAUAUAAUGCUGCCAAGAAAUCUUGCUGUGGAAAAAAUCCAAUCCAAAUAAAAAAAGUUUUUUUGCGUUUCAAAGGCAGUGGCUAGUUUCUAAAGAUGAACAAUUCAUUCUGUGUGUCAGUUGAAAAAUGUGUGGGUGUGCUGAGUGUGAAUUGAUGGGUUUGUUGCUGCAUGUCAUUUUGUUUGUACCAGCUUAACUACAAGUCGACAUUAAUCUUGAGCAGCAGUGAUCUCAACUCUAAUGUUUACUGCAAAGCCUUAAUGUGGCAAAACCACAGCUCCCUGCUCUCGGCUCUGCACUGCUUCACGUCUGAUGUAUAAAACCAUCACCUUACAAGCCAAUAAACAUGUUUUUUUGUUUUUUUCUCAACUUUUAUUUUAUUUGUUUGAUACAUAUCAUUUUGUUAUAACAGUAAUCUUUUUAAAAGAGGGACACACUGUUAACAUUUAUAUACAUAUAUAUAUGUAUGAUGUACAUUUUUUUUCUUAUUUUGAUAAAUUGUAUUUAUUUUCUGUUUCAGGAUGUUUAGUAUUUCUCUUUUGUCUUGUUUUUUUCUCCUGCACUGCUGCUGAAUCUGCAUGAACAUGUAUGUAAAUAUCAGCCUCUUAAUGAUCACAGAACACAGAUAUGUAAAUAGUCUUUGAAUGCUUGAGCAAAUACAGUGAUAUUCCAGUGGAUAUGAAUUUUAUUUUGGCAGCUACCCUUGAUUUGAGUAUUUAAUAAGAGUGAAUCAUUCCUUUCCAGCUGGAAGUUCUAACGAUGUAAGAUGUUUGGGUCAAAAAGCAUCCACAUCUCAUUAUUUGUUAGCAUCUUUUGCAUGCCUUAAUUUUUUUUUUUUUACAUUUUUUUUUCAAACAUAAAUUAAUUUCAUCAGGUAGAGAUCUGCGUAUUUAAAUGAUUUAAUUUCUAUUUUUUAAAUGUGCACUGUACAAAUAAAGGUUAGAUAAAGCAUGACUAAGGCGCUCCAUGACUUUGUAAAAAGAGCAUGGCUGGCCAUCGUGUCCACACAACAUGCUCAGUACAGGUUCAUGGUUUCACAUAAGUCUAUAUUUUUUGUCUCAGAUGUUUUUGUUUUUUAUGAUUUUCUAUGCUUUUAUUUUGUUUGUUUGUUUUUUCCAAGUGCUGGACGAGAUGAUAGACCUCUUUAUUGUACUGUACCAUGUAAUGAAGCAUGGCAAUUUGAUGUGUGGAUGAUGUGUAUGGACUGUGGCUUUAAAUGUUUUGGGGCUUUUUUUUUUAAAUUUCUUCCAAAGUUGCCAAGCAGUGAGAAGAGCCAGAACGAGAGAACAUUGGUGUGAGCUUCUCAUAGGUAUUCAUGCUGUGAAAACAGGUUUUUUUCUAAACCUAAGCACUAGAGAGCGUAAUGAUAGAAAUGUGUACACAGAAUUUUUGGUGACAUGUUGACCGUUAUGAUUCUCUGUGUCGCUAGGAUUUAAAUUUAACCAUGAUUUGUAUGUUUGGAGAUUUUAUGUUGUUAAAUAGUUCUCUGCCCACGUUUGUCCUGGACUUUUUGCUGAUUAUUGAAUCCUGUUAAACGGCUUCAGAAUGAACCUCUUACUCUCCUAUACAUGUGUCAAUUUGUUUUUUGGUUGUCAGCCUAAAUGGUGUUCCUGCUUUGGAUUGCCCACUAAUUUAGAGCAUUGGUGACCAAAUAUGUUUACCUCUGUAACUGCGAUUCAUGCCUACCUAGAGACCAGUUAGUCAGAAUCAGAUAUGAACACAAACUGUCCAGCCUGAUUUUGUGUAAAUGGGUACCACGUAAGAAAAAAGACCAAAUCAGUGAUUUGCAAAUUAAACCUUGGAUUUAAUGCAAAAUUGUACAACGGCAUAUCCAUAUAGUAUAACUAAUUUUAGUGUUUUGGUUGGCUGGAAAUUGUUGAAUGUUUCAAUCUGUAGAUCCUCAGGCAAUAUUGCAAUAAAAGCACACAAUUAUUUAGGGAAAAAUCAAGAACGCAUCAGCAUCAGAUUCAUUUAAACGAAAAUCAAUUCGUUUAAAACUUUUAAACAUAUACAUCGUUGCGUUCUAUUUUUUCUAUGUGGUUUUCAACAGCUGGUGAGGUUUGCCUCUUGUAAAAUUGGAAGUGGAAGGAGAUGGCUUAUAUUAUGUUAAAAGUUUGAAAUCUGCAGAUAAACUGCGUAACAGAUGUUUAAGGUACUUUUGCUAAGAAGUAACUCUUAAACAAGAAAAAAUUAAAAUACAUCAAAACGACUGGCAGCAGAUGAUGCAUUAUUGUUUGCAUAUUUAUAUUUUUUUAAGUUCAUAGAAAGUUAUCUUGAUCGCUGAAAUUAAAAUAUCCCACUGAUGGAGAGAAUUUUGUUUUAUAUUUUCUGUAUGUUCCAUGUUUUUGAGCUGGAAAGACUAGUGAGAACCUACAAUCCCAUCCAGGCUCAGGUUUCAGAAACACUCUGCUUUAUCACAGAGUAGGAUCUGCAGGAUCUAAAGGCAUGCACUUGUCUUUCUUGUGACUCUGCUGUCAUGUUUUGUUUUUGGUUAUAUUUUGUAUUAAUGUGAUCCUCCAGUGACAGUACUAAUGCCUUAAUUUCCAACUUGUAGAGAAAUAUUAAAAUUUUGGGAAGCAGUAUUCAGAAUAAAAACCUUGUUUCACAUGGGAUUGGAUUAGAUCAUCUGGUACAUUACCCAUGUCCAUUAUCAGUGUACAACUGAAGUUUAUACCCCUUUGCUGGGAUUUUUUUUGUGGUGCUAAAGCCUAACACAAGCAUGCUAACUGGAAGAAAAUGGAAACUGUAUGCAGUUCAAACAGCCAGAUAGACUGAAGACCUAUAGGUAGGUGUGGUUGCUGACUGAAUCCAUUGCAAGUCUCUAGUAUAUUUUGUUUUGUUUUUUGCUUUAAGUCAGUCUGUGUAAUAAGAGUAUUUUCCAUUAUGAACUAAGAGAUGGUCUGACAGGGCAGCUAACAUAUAGCUCCUUUAGGAGGUGACUUGACUGGCCAAAACUGAUCCAUAUACAGAAGUAGGUGAGUUUUCUUGAUUGUCAGCUCACUGGGUCUCAGUAUCAGGUGAAACUGACUUUUUCAUCACAUGAUUAUCAGUAGUCUAAAAGUAUGUAAGGUUGUUCAGGUAAUGUGUUCACCAUUGGGCAAUGGUUAUUCUAUUUGUAGUAUUUGUGCCUUGAGUUUUUAUGUUACUUUAGGACUUUACAUUUUUAGCAUAGAUAUUAAAAAAUGUUCUAUUUUACUGAAUUAUCAGUGAUUUUCACCCUUCAUAUUAAUUAUAUGAAGUCUAAAAGAAUAUGCAGUAUGUUUUUCAUGUUUCAGAUCCAAAAGGUUUUGAUGGAAUGUUUUGCAUACUUUGUCCUCUCUUGCCUUGAUGUCCUGUCAUCCUUUAAUGAUCUACCAUGACUAACUGUGGGUCAUUUUUAAGAAAAUCUUGCCAACGAUGCACUAAGACUGAGCUGUCAGGGCAGUGGACAUUUUAUCCAUGUCCUUUGUAGCUGAGGUGCCUUUAAAAAUGAUAAAUAAAUAAACAAUCUGUGUUUCACAUCCUUCCAAGACAAUAUAGUUUGAAGGCAACUACAUAUUUUGUGCAAAGAUCCUCAAGCUUUGAGGCUAAUCAAAACAAUGGCUACACCUUAAAACAUAUUUUAUUUUCUUCAUUCUGUAUGGCUCGGUCUUAAAAUUCAUCUGUGCACAAGAUAUUGUAGGCCAUAACUAGUUUCCAUGUGCAUGAAGACAAGCAGAAACGAGGUUUUGUUGCUUUUAUGGCUGGCACAGGUGGUAACUUUCCACUGUGUAGAAAGCGGUUACUAAGAACCUGAUGUGAUGACUUUAUGACCUUGACAGUUUGGGACGUUCAUACCUUUUUGGGUGAUUGCCAGUAAGUUCACCAUUUUAGUGAUAAACCGUCAAGUUCGUUCAUAUGGUGAAAAACCCCAAAAUAUGUUAAGUUGCUGUUGUUUAUAGCUACAGUGGUUGUUAUUUCAGAGUUGAUAAAGUAGAGACAUUUUCUAAAUAAUGGCCCAAUUGUGUCAUGAAACUAAGAGUAAUAACUGAAAUAUUAGAAAGAAAACAAAAUCACUCCCUGUACGGAAGAGGAUUAGGGCCACUGGAAAAAAAA